AGAAUGGAGCUAGCUAUUCAAGCGUGGGAAUUCUUCAUGUCAGAGCGUCUUUACCCAUUCAGGGUCGCGGCGACAGGAGUGGGCGUUCUCCACCUGGCUAGGGACCGCUCUUCGCGCCGUAUCCUCCCUCUACCCAUUCACCAAGGCCUACGUUCUCGCUCCUCUCGGAAUAUUUCGGCCAAACAUGAUAAAAUACGGACCAUGGGCUGUUGUGACUGGUGCUUCUGAGGGUAUUGGAAAAGCCUAUGCAAUUGAGCUGGCGAAACGAGGUCUGAAUGUUGUCAUCAUGAGCAGGUCUCAGGAAAAGCUGGAAAAAGUUGCUGACGAAAUCACAACAAAGUACAAUGUUCUAGUGCGAAUAAUGUCAGUAGACUUUUCGUCUGGUCAGGAGAUCUAUCCUGAG